CUUAUUAAAUAGAUAGAUGCCGGAUUGGCCGAUGUCUUCUUUCAAAAAUGAGCAUUCCGAGGAGAGAGCCAUCGAGGAGGCACUGUCAGAAGUAAGCAGACUAACUCAAGAUAUGGAUCGCCUGGAUAAUCUAUUCGACCAAUUCGACGAGAAAACAAGUAAUUUGAACAGUCGACUGGAACAGUUACUAUCUACAGAGAGGACUGUUAGCAGCAACGUCGAUCAAAUGACAAACGGUGUGAACAAUCUUAGUAUCCUAGCGUCACCCGCUCCUUCUCAAGGCUCUCUUCCCAGUGAUGUAGAUGCGAGUACUUCUCGGAGUUAUGGGCUGAACAAUGACGAUAUAUCCAGUGAAUCGUCGACGUCUCGAAGUGACCAAGAGUUGUCAUCAUUAAAUCAAGAGCUCAGCAUGCUUCUAGGGGCGGCUUCUUCCUCUAACCCACGUGCAGACAUGGCGUCUCUAGGAACCCAGAUCGAAUCCCUCUCAACUCAGAUCUACUCAUUUGCAUCUAGAAUGGAUAACAUGGAGCGGAUUCUGCAACAAGCUGGAGUUGUUCCUGAAGAUUAUGACGAGUCUUCGGCUGUCGACAGCAGUGGUGAUACUGAACGCGAUGUGGGUGAAGUUGAAAGAUUGCCAAAUGAAAGAGGAGAUAGCUCGAGUGAAAAUACGGAAAGAUCUGAAUCGAACUAAAUUACGGUUGCUAUUUUAACAAGAAAUAGUUGAUUAAGUUAUUGAGCGGUUUAGCGUGUCGUAUGCUUAACACAUUGUUAGUAAAUUUGGCUUUUUGUAGCUCCCACUUUUUUAUUUUCAAUGAAAUUGGAUGUCAAAAUGCGUUUUUGCAAAUGAAGUUUGCUCUCAUAAAUUACACUAAAAAGCGCGAGAAUUCAACAGAUUUUAAAACAUUUU